AUGUCGGUAUCCUGUUGUCCAGCCGAGGAGUCUAAUUCAAUGCCUAAGAGAGCCAAGAUGGGCAUCCCAUUAGUGUUAGGUUUUUCAGAUGAGGACAAAGUUGGAACCAUACAGCCCCAUAAUGAUGCCCUAGUGGUUACGUUGAGAAUUGGUGGGUAUGAUGUGAAAAGGGUGAUGAUUGAACAAGCCUACAGUUCUCCUUUGGUAAGUUUUGAGGGUAAAAUGGUCAUCCCAAAAGGUCAGAUCAGAUUAUCUGUGCAGACCGGUAUGGAUGUGGUGGAGGUGGACUUUAUCAUCAUAGAUGUUUUCUCUUCCUACACGGCCAUUAUGGGCAAACCCUGGCUUCAUACCCUGGGGGCCGUCUUCUCUACUCUUCACUAG